AUGAUUGCAGGACGCGCGGGCAAACAUGGCAAAGCGAUCACGUUCCUCACACCAGAAGAUAACGCCGUCUUUUACGACCUAAAACAAGUACGUGGCUGUGUGUCGAUGAAACAAAACCAAUCAUUUUGGCCGAUCCAAGCGUUUUUUUUCCCCAUUUAGCUUAUCAUAAAGUUUCCCUCUGAUAUGAUAAUAUUGGGAAUUUUUGACAGCUGCUCGUGGAUUCGCCGGUCUCGACAUGCCCGCCUGACCUCGCCAACCAUCCCGACGCCCAGCAGAAGCCCGGCGUGUUCGUCAGCAAGAAGAGGAACGAGGAGACCUUGUUCCUCAAGUGAUCGAGGUAUGUUUUGGGAGGAUUUGUUGAGGAAAUAGGAAUAAUGGAAGAAAUGUAAGCUUGUGUACACGCACUUUGAAUUGAUAAAAAUUAUGAUUUCAAGGCUUUUUUUUUUUUAAAGAUUCACGUGCUCUUAUCGUGAAUCUAGUGCGAUUUCUCAUCAAUCAGUACUGGAAAAGAUUUUUGGUGGCCACUAUAAAGUUUUGACGUUUCAGUGGACUCUAGUAAUCAAAUUAGUGGCCACUUAAAGGGUUACUAAUUAGUGGCCACUAUAGAUAGGGACCGCAGGCCAAUUUCCAAAGUCAGUGAUAUAAAGUUGAAACCUAUAUGAAAAGAAAGCUGAUGGCAAUCGAGAGCUAACUGCGAAAACAGAAAAGAAAAAUAUGAAAAAUGAAAAAAGUUAUAAGCAAAAAAGUGGCGAAAUCGGGGGAACCAUUUUUGUGUAGAAACUUUCGUCAGGGUCGCAGGAAAAGGGGCGUGUUUAUAGAUGCCGCGCGCUCCUUGCUGUGCGUUAAUUCACGCAGGAGACGUUUCGAAAAACAUAUUUAUUUGAGUUUUUUUAGAAGUUUUUAAAUGAAAUAUUAGAGUUUUUCAUAUUGAAUAUUGCUCUUUUUCAAUAUCAGCCUACUCUUCAAGCACUCACGCUGCUGAAAAGCGAGUUUUGAAGAAGGUUUCAAUGCAUUUGUAAAAAAAGAAAAUAACCGACAAAAUAGACCUUUGCGAAGGACGAACAGCAUUAAACCGAAUUGAAAAUGUAACAGUCUACUAAGAAAUUUACUGAAAAAUAUGUAAAUAAUCACCAAGUCCUUUUUCAGAGAGUUUUUUAAAAAAAAAAGGGCGAAAGCGUUUUUACUUUUGACUUUCUACUUCUUUUAUUUUUCUCUAAAGUUCGUGCGUCUACAUGGAGUGUACGUAGACAAUUUUUUAGAAUUCUUUACUUGACAUUCCGAAAAAGUUCAAAAAAAGUUGAGUAAAAGCGAAAUUUAAUACUUUUCUCGCUGCUAUAAUGGAUAUAAUGAUAUAGGAAAAAAAGAUUCCAAUUAUGAAAUGAGUAAAAAAAGCAACUAUAAAGCCACAAUAAAAUGAGAAAAACUUGAAUAGAAUACAUAAAUUGUUUAAAAACCUUCUUCACGCUUUCGAAAAAAAUUUCGUGGCCUUCGCGGUGUCUGCAGAUUUCCAGCGACGCGCAGUUUUAAAAAAAUAACUUUCGAGCGUUUAAAUUAACCAUACUUUUCGGGCCAUCCUAGGAAUUUUUUUAUUUUUUUGAUAUGUUGUAGAGAAAUGUCUAAUGUUUGAUAUUAUAAAAUAAAAAAACUUGCCCAGAACGUUUUGGCCGUUUUUCAAAGCGUUACAAAAAAACGGAAGCUUUCAUAUAAACUAUAUAAUCGAUGAAAAAGCUUAGUUUUUCUAUUUUUUUAGAAUUUGCAAACAACUGCAAACAACCGUUUAAAAAUAUAAUCAGUAAUUAUCGAUUGCGUUUUUUUCGAAAAUAAGGAAUUUCGAAAAUCGUGAAUUUCAAAAUGCGUUAUUUUUUUGAGGCCAACCAUAGAAUUUUUUUAUUUUUUUGCCGGAAUAUGCGUUUUUCAGUUGCUUUAUGAUAUUCAAGAAUAAAAAAAGUUGCCCAGAAACUUUCAAGAAAAAAACAGGGAUUUUUUUAUCCGUUUUCGGCCACAAAUGCGUUUUUAAAAAAACUGUCUUCAUACAUUCUUAUUUCUUAUUUUCUCAUUAUUUUUCUUUUAUGUAGGAUUGUUAAGCAUAGCCGAUUGUAUGUUUCCCUCAAUUUUUUCCCAAAUCGGUACAAGAAAAACUGUUUUUAAAAAUAUAAAAAAAGAACCAAAAAUGCAACGAAAAUGACGAACUUUUUUGAACAGCGAAGUGGGCGUGGCUCUGCGGUCCCUAACUAUAGAAGUCUAAGUGCUACUACUAGACCACUGAAAAUUUUAGUGGCCACUUUAGGGGUCAAUGGAUCAACAUAAGUGGUCCAAGCUGUUUGUUUUAAAAUUAUCAGAGUUACUGGAAGGAAUACUGGAUGAAAAAUACUGAAGUGACCACUAAAUACAGAACUUCUAUAGGGGCCACUAAAACGGACAUUAGUGGCCACUUUAGUGUUCUCUCCAAGUAAUCCUUGGCGAGCCUCUAUAGUGGCCACUAAAAGUUUUCCCAGUAGAGCGAAAAAAUAUGUGACCGGGUAAAUUUUGUGAAAACUUAUUGGAAAUAUUGUAAUACGGGGAAAAAGUAAAAAGAGUUCGUACACACAGUUAGAAUUGAGCAAACGGCUUUAGCUUUGGGAAAUAAUAUAUUGCGCCUGAAGUACUUCGGACCUUGGUUAUGCAAUUUGGACGUUUCUAAGCAUUUCUAGGGGCCAAUUUAGUGCCGUCAGUACUCUUAAGUGACCCCUAGAACUGCUCAGAAAUGUCCAGUUGGGUCAAAGACCUUUACGGUCAGUACUGUACAGUAUUGAAUUCAUAAGGGAGAUGAGUUUAUAAAGUUAGUGAUUUUUCAUGACAUUAGUUCAACGUUUUUCAUACAAGGAAUAAUAUGUUUUUCCUGAGGUUCAAGAUCUUCUAAAGAUAAAGAAAAAUAAAUUCGUUGAGAAGAGUCUUUCUGGAACUCUCUUCAAGAGUUUGCUGAUUUUUAGGAUGUUUCUUUGCUUUAUCAAUAAGUAUUCUGGCCAAUUUUAGGCGAAAUUUCCACCCAUGAAAGGAAAUAUUUCCUCGUUAGGGGUUUAUAUAUAUUUUUUUUGAAGCUCAUUUUAAAAUUCUUAUCCCAGCAGUUUUUUUCCACGAUUUUCAAUCAUACGGUUUGCAUCAUUCAGCGGCAAUUUCUGUGCUUUCCACAAAAUUAUAUGCUUUUGUGAGUGUGCCGCGGAAAGCCAUAAUCUCGAGACGUCGCGUCCGCAAAUGAUAAGGAUGUUUCGAAAUUGGCCCACCGAUUAAUUACAGCCUAGGCAAAGUCAAAUGAUUGGUAGGGAGGAAGAAGUCUGAGCAAUUGAGUGGAAAUUGAGGGCUUUCGCGAAAAAUUUUGAGCUCUUAUAAGUUGGUAUCAAACAUUUUAUCUUAUUUCAUUGAGUUUUUUUCGAAUAUUUUUCUUUGUAACACUGGAGAAAUGGCUUCUCUGGCUGCCUCGAUUCAAAAAAGUAUCAUAUAAUUUUAAAUUCCAAAUUUUUUCAAAGCACAGUAGUGAAAAAAGCUACCGUAAAUACAGAUUUUUUGCCAUAAAACUGCGAAAAUGCGAUUUUAUAUCUAAAAGGAAGUUAUUUUUGUAUUUUUUUCUCCACGUUUAGGAACGAUAAAAAAGUGGUCCCUGUAGGAGUAGCCUUAGGGGCUACGGAAAGUCUUGCUCUUAGCCCCUCUAGGGACCACUCUGGCGUUCCUGACUGAGAGGGUAGCCUUUAUGGCACCCUAAGAUUGCCCCUCCAGGGACCACUAUUUUGAUCUUUUUCUGAAUUUGAAAAUAGGAUAAUUAUCAGGAAGUAUCCAUAAAUAUAAUAAUGAGCAGUAGAGUUCAAUUUUUUAUUUUUAGUAAAUGGAGUUUGUUAAAACUAUUUUCUAUGGUUCUUUGCGUCCCUUUAUGGCUUAAAUUAAAACCAAAAAUGGCUGGCAGAAGCUUAUCCAAAUUCAAUUACGUUCCUUUGAAGCGAAAAUUGAAAAAAUGAUCAAUUUACGAAGUUUUGCAAGAAUUUUCUCCAAAAAACCCGAACACUGUAUUUUUUUUUCUCGCUAUCAUUUGAAAGGAAACAUUCUGCGGACAAAGGUGCGUCCGUUGAGGAUGUUUUGAGGGCCUCGAAAAAAGCAAAAAAAAAAGAAGUGAUAAGGCUUGGCUGUUGACAGAAAGUGUUUCAGGCGCGUCGGAACGGUCGGAGGCUCUUUUCUUUGGCUUUUUUCCACCCCCUCUUGUUGAAUACAUGGUUCAAUCGAUAUCUUGUUUUUUUCCCCCAGUCUCACAUUUGAUGAUCUUGUUUGAAUUGCGAAUAAAUUAUUGUGUUCUACUCCCGAUUUUUGAUUACUCGUUAUUAUCGAUCCAUUGAUUCGAUAGUGAUAUCUUAUCGCCUUUUUUCCGUCUUCGUGUGUUUCUUUUUAUGUCUUCGUGUAUACUCCUUGAUUUUCUCAAUCUUUAUAGGCGCAGGACGAAGUUAUAAGAAAUUUACAAACUCUACCAUGCGCCUUUAAACUCCGUUGUCAAAUUUUACUGAACAAACCAUUUUUCGCUAACGCGAAUCGAAGGCAUUUCUAGUGACCACUUUAGUAGCGUCGGCCCCCUUAAGUGGCCCCUAGAAUCGCUCAAAAAUGUCCGGCUUUCGUUGGUCCGAGAAUUUUUUCCUGAACGAAAUUUUAGCAUUAGCGCGAAUUUGCUCAUUUUUCCUGUUUUCUUUUUUGCACAUCACUCUGAUCAAAAUUUUUAUCAGUUUACCUCAUUUUUCGACUUUUUGACCUUUUUGAUUUCGAUAAGAUCUAAAAGUUGCUCUUUCUUUGAAUAUUUUAUGAAUUCAAACUUUUUCCUUCUUAAAAUUGUUUAAUUCUAGCUUUUUCAAUACUUAUAGUUGAAUUUCAUCUAUCAGUUCUCCUAAAUUACUUUAUUUUUGGCUUUUUUUACUUUUUUCAACAAAAGAUUCUCCUUCACUUUUUUUGACCAUAUGAGUCAGAAAUACCUUUUGUUUGUUUCGAAAAGAAAAUUCUCACAAUUUUUCGCUUUAACGGGUUUUUCAAGCUUCUAUUCGAAUUUUAAAUUUUUUGAAAUAAUUUCCGAUUCUCUCUAUUUUAUAUGAGUUCAUAGGAAAAGAAAACGUUUGAAUAAUAUACCUAAAUUGAACCAAAUUAAUUUUUUACAGUUUCAAACAUUUUUCAUAAACCUAGAAAAUGUGUUUUCAACUGUUCUCGUAAUGUAUGGACUUUGAUUUUGAUCUCUUUUCCUUUUUUUCAACUAAAAUUGUAUAAAAAAACUCUUGAGAAUAGACAAAAUUCCAUUUUUCAGAGGGAAUUUUUACUUAACUGAUCACUAGAAAUGUGAAAUUGACCUUUCUAGUGGCGCUUUUACAUUUUAGUGAUCACUUAAGCAAAUUUUCCUUUAAAGAGCUUUUUUCUUUGGAUCUCCAAAUCUGAAUUUUGAUUAUAAUGUUGCUUUGAAAACGUUUCUCUGAAUGAUUUUUGUACCAUAAAAUCGCUUUUUCUUCCAAUUUUAAUUCGAAUUUCAGGGUGAGACCCGAGCGUGAUUGGUGUUUUGGGGAAAGGAUUUGAUACCAUUUUCCUCUCCAAACUGCUUUCGAAUCGAUUUUUGAGGUCAGCAAGAAGGCGUGGGAGCGGCGAUAACCGCGACCCGCAAAUCACAAGCCGUCGAUAAUUUUUUUCCCUUAAAUUGUGAGCCUUUUUUUCGACUUUCUAUGUGGUGAUAUUAUGAUUAGAACUUGCUAAAAAAAUCUUAAAAAAAUUUGUAGAUUUCUCGAUUUUUUUCUGGUCUUGUUUAGUUCUUAUCUUGUUUGUCAUUAAAUUUCUAUCUUACAAGCCCAUAAUACUUAUAAUUCGCUUGAUAAUUUGAAAAUCUAGAGGAUACACCGUUUGGGAACACAAAGGAAGGAAAAAAGCCUGAAAAUCAAGAAAUAAUCUGCAGCAUACACGAAAAUGACGGACGAAGACUGGCCAUCGCAGAAGUUCCGCGACCACGUCAUCAAUCGGCUGUGCGUUUCCUUUGCUUCUUUCCCGCGGCCGGAUGUCCCUCCUCCGGCUCCAGACGGCGCCUUCUAUCUCCUUGACUUGUAGGUUUUGCAGAGAGCCCGAACUGGCCCGAAACCGACAAAACGCCCCGAAUCUGCCCGUGCCCGGCGACGCCCGACAAGUCGAGGAGUACGUCUUCCAGAAGUGCGGCACCAAGGAUGAGUACAUGCGGACCAUCGCCAAGGUUUGUCUUUUUUCGUAUUUUCCGUCGUUUUAGUUGAUAAGUGCCGUUAUUAAGAAUAAUUUCUAUAAUAUAUGCUUUUUUUAAAUUUUCAGAGUUUCCGAAAAAAAUCUACGCUCCCCAAUAAAAAAAUAUUUCUUUGCGUUUUUCAAAAUCACCUCUCAAAAUUAUGCUUUUUGUUCGAUUCUUUACAGUCUCAUUAUCAUUUUUUAUCUUCUAAUUGCCCAAAAUUACCAUUUGAAGAGAAAAAUACAUAAACUUCACUUAUGAAAUUCAAAAGAUUUGCUUAUUUUUGUACUCUCGCGUUUAACAGAAGAAUAUUUUCCGUUUUUAAAUUCAAAAUUUCCGGUCCGUCCAUCUCUCCUAUCAGCUUGAAUCUUUCUAGAAAAAAAUUAAAAAUAUAAAAAAAUAUUUUUUUUUUCAAUUCCUGAUGUAAACAUAAUAUUUUUGCGCAGUUUGGUUCAUUAAAAGUUUGGAGAACAUUUUUUUGAAAGAUGGAAUUAUUUUUUUGUUUUGGAUAGUUUGAGUGAUGAAAUAGAAAUUAGUUCAUAAAUAUUUGUAAGAACAGAUUUUUUUUUCAGUUUCUGUCAGCCAAGUUCCAUAAAAAAAGGAAAAAGUAAAAAAAUUUCAAAUUUUUUUGUGUUCCAUAGUUUUUGUUUUUUUGCGAAAUGGAACUGUAAGACAAUCUUGGAAAUUACUAGCCGAGGAUUUUUUCAGAUUUUUUUAAACUUUUUUUCGAAUGGUUCCCAAAAAAAGUAAUAUCCAAUAUAUUAUUCAACAAAAAAAUAUAUAUGUCGAAGUUCUUAAAAAUAUAUAUACGAGACAGCUAUCGGAAAAAAAACAUGAGUUGAAGGUGAUCAACGCGAUCAACUGCAACAGCAAGUCGGCGGCCGUCCCGUCCGUCCUCCACCCGUCGCAUUUCCACAGUCCGCCGUGCACAGCGGCGGGCGGACUUCUGCCGACGUCGACGACGCCCAGCAGAGGCGCCGUCCCGCCCGAUCCGCAGCCGACCCAGGCCCGCAACCAACAGACCGCCAGUGUCUCCACUGCGCAAGCCUCCGGACAACCCCCGGUUUGUUUUUUUCUUGUAGUUUGUAACAGUAGAAUUGAUAGAGCUCAAAAAGAGCAGGAAUUUUUUGUCUGAACACUCUCUUGUUUACCAGUGCUCUCUAGCUUUCGAAGAAUUGAAGCUUAAAUACAGCAUUUUUACUGAAGAUCUAAUGGUACUAAUUGAAAAUUAGCGAGUUUUUUCUUUUUCGAAAGUUUUUACCAUUAAAAAUGAUACAGCUUGCGUUUCUUUUUGAACACCCUCUUAUUUAAAAGUGAUCUCUAGCUUACGAAGAUUCAGAACUGCGUAUUUCAUUAUCACUAAAAAUUCAAUGGUUUCAACCAAAUAUUAGAGAAUUUCGUGAUGACGAAUUUUUCGAUUUUUUCUUUUUUCCAUGAAAUUUUCCUUUUUUUCUCAUGUUAUUGUUCAGUUCAACAUGAUUUUCUCACGCUUUUUUUCCCGUUCCUUUGUUUUUUUUCUUUUUAAACUCACUAUUUAAUUUUUAUAAGGACUUUCAAAACGACGAGUCCACGAAGAAACAAAAAACUGCAUUUAGAAAACUCGAUAAUAUUUUAUUCGAUUAAAGGAUGUCGGUUCAAAUCUCGACUUUUUUGAGAUAAAAUAUCAUGUUUUUUAUUAAUUUUAUUUUUUCAUUAUUUUUUUUGGAAGUCUUUCUUACUUCUGGUGUUUUUGAAAAAUUUUUCCGUGUUUUUUUGGUACCUGUCCAUGUAGAAAUCCCACUGUUCUCGUCAUUUUUUUAUGAUUCAAAAAGUUGAUUUUUCAAUUUUAUAGCAGAAAUUUUUUUGUAAAAAAAUUCUUCUUAAUGACAGUUUUUUUCCUAAUGAACUUCGGGUUUUCUGUUACCAAGCUCAGUAAAAAUUUUUAUUUUUCAUUAUUUUUCGAUUUUUUUUAAAUUGGAACCAAUUGAUUAUGAAUAUUCGAAUGCGAACAAGUUGUAUAUAUUUUUUCUUCCUUCUGGCUACUGUUCAAAAAUCAUUUUCGUUUUCUUCACUUUUAAAGAAUCGACUAACUGCAGACAAACAAUAUAAGUUGAGUGGUCAAAGAUAAGAAUCCGAUUAAAAAGAGAUCAUAUAAUGCAACGAUAGGCAAAAAGGUAAACCGAUCAAGAUAGCCUCUCCAAAUAAUGUCCCCAACUUCCCUGUUUCUUAUCUUCUUUAUCAAGCUGGCUUAUCAUCGAAAAAAGCUCUCUCUUGCGUUCGUAAGACAGAAAUUUAGCCUAAAGUUUAUUUUUUUGGCUCUGAAGGAUAUUUUUAGUGAAAAAAUUUAGUGAAAAUAGAAAAUUAUCCUUCAAAAAUACUACAUUUUGAUUAGGUUUCACUUUCAGCUUUGAAAAAAAUAAGAAAUAAACUUUUUUGUUAUAAAAAUCCUGUUCCAAACGUUUUGAAAAGGUUUUUUUCUUGGACUAUCGGUAGAUUUUUCGCUUAAAAUUUUUAUUUUUUCGCGAUUUUUCCGGGGUUUUUUUGGUUUUUCUCUUUUUUUACGAUGAAAACCUUCUGUAACAGUGCAUUUUUAUAAAAGUUUUAACGAAAAAUAUCUAUGUGCCCGAUCUUUUUUUGAGUUUUCAGUAAUAAAUGCACACUAGAAACACAGUAUGAGAUCCAGAAAAAUCCAGGAAAAAAAUUUUUUUUUUGAAAAACUGCAACUUUUUGUUGCGAGUGGAAGGCUCAUUAGGCGGAAAUUCCCAAACUCGGGUUUUUUUAAAAUUUUCCAACAGUUCAAAUUCUUAUAUUUUUUUUUCGCGCUUACCGUCGAAAAAUAUCGUGUGAACAGUAAAAAUACGGGAAUUUCCCUUAUAAAAUUCAAAAAAUGGGUGUAGUUUGGUUCUGAGAGGAACGACAGUGAUUCAACACUUUGCAAGAGAAAAAUUUAUCCCGGAUUCCAUAAUUUAAAAAUCCAGAUCAACAUAUUUCUGGUAUUAUAAUGAUUUUUUUCUUUAAUUGAAAAAAAGUCCCGUAUCAAAUCAUUUUUUUGCAGUCUGGCAGUGCUUCAAGUACCCCGAUCGGCGUCGGAAACGGCCUCUCUCUGAACGGAGGCGCGCCCCCGUCGUUCCCCUCCCCGGACGGCAUUUCCAGACAAAAUCCCCACGCCUACAAUGGAGCGGCCAACUCGGCGCCACAAAUGGGACAGCCGCCGCCGCAAAUUCCGCCCGGGGCCGCUGGAAAUCACAUGAAACAGGGACCUGGUACGUUUUGAAAAAUCCCAGCCUUUGAAAAAAAAAAAGUGGCCAAACUGGUCCGAAAUAAGCGAUUUUUGGCUCUUUGAUAAGAAUAAAAAACAGAAAAAAGAAAAUUUUCCAGAUUAUUUUAGAAAAUUAAGCUUUUCCUUUAAGGUAUGGGCUACGGUCAGUACGCCAUGAUGAACGGGCCGCCCGGAGGCCCGCCCGGUCAUCAUCCGGGCCACAACGCCUACGAUCAGCGGAUGAAGCAGCAGAAGGCCGACGGCAGAGGAUGGGACAACCAAGGGCAGAUGUACCCGCCGCAGCAAGCAUGGGGCGGACCCCAGCCCGGACCAGCCAGUUAGUUCUUCGAAAUGAGUUUACUGUCGCAGAACUUCCAUAUAAUCAAAAUUAUUGAGUGGAAAACCUGUUGAUUGAGAUUAUUUCUUGUUUUAAAAAAAACUGUUUAUUGCAUCUUCAAUGUAAGAAUACAUGUGCAAUCGACUCUCAUUGGUUUAACUGUGUUUAAACGGCGGCAGGAGCUGUGGCUUAGGCAGAGAAGUUGUGAAUUUCGCUCGUAGGACAUCAGGUACAAGAGAGGUCGUAGGAAGAAGUACGGUGCCGGCUUUCCAAAGGCCGAUGGCAGAGAUUGAGCCUUUUCGCUGCAUGCAGCUCCCAAUUUUAUCUACCCCGGAGGGAUGAAGGGCUUGGUCGACCUCGGGGGGACUCGAACCUACGACCUUGCGGACGUUAGAAAUGAGUUAUUCCAGCUGAGCUAUGCCGCCCCUUUAGUCGCUCAAGUGGCCACUACUUCGAUCUUUCUUGGGAUUCACCAAAACGUUUUCUUUUUUUGAAGUUUCUGCGAAAGACCAUAGUGGCCGCUUAAGAGGUUCAUCAAAAACUACUUGUAGAAGACACUAAAGAGGUCACUAAAAACAUCUCUUCAGAAGUCAGUACUUUGCGACUUAGUGGUCACUAUAGUAGUUUUUAACGGUCCUGUAGUACCACUUGGUCUUGGAAACUUUAGCCGCUCAAGUGGCCACUACUUCGAUUAGUUAAAUGGUCAUUAAAAUGUCAAAACCCUUAAGUGGUCACAAAAGUCACCUCUCCCAAAGCCACUUGCCACUUAGGGGUUUAUUAGUGAUCCAGUAGCACCACUUAGAUUUCUAGAGGGGCCACUAGAUUUUAGCCACUUAAAUGACCACCAAUUCGACUACUAUAGUGGCCACUUAAACGUCAAAACCCUUAAGUGGACUCUUUAAAAUUUCUUAGUUGAACAUUUGUGGAAAUAUUCGACCACUCCUCGGACAUUGGUAACGCGAAACGGACGUGCUCCGGACGUUUCUGGGCGAUUCUAGGAUCCCUUAAGAGUUCUGAGGCUACUAAAGUGGUCACUAGAAAUGCCCCGACACGUCCGAUUCGUGUCCCUGUUCGCGUUACCAAGGUCUGAGUAGGUUUUUUACGGAUUAUUUUUUGUCAAAUUUUUUUUGAAGAUCUAUAUUUACAGCCUUAUUGAUCAUUUACGUUUCUCAAUAAUAAUUCAAAAAAAAGUUUCUCUUAUUAAGAUGAUUCAACUUUCAGACAUCUACGGUGGCCCGCCUCAGAACGGCCCUCCCGGAGGUCCGUCAGUACUGGAAUCCCUGAUCAACCAGCCCCAAUACCCCCACCAAAUGCAGCGACAUAUGAUGCCCGGCUCAGCGAACCCUCAAGUUAUGGCCGGAGCCCAGGGCGUCCUAGACAAUCCCCAAGAUCAGGCGACCUACCAGGCCAAGUUGAGGAUGUUGAGGCCAAACUGCGAGAACUUGAGGUGCAGAAAAGACUGAAUUCAGUGUGAGACAAGAAUUUCUCAGGUUACGGUCCGAAGAAUGCCGUCGUGGCGGGAACCACGAGGCGGCCCACAAGCUCGAAGUGAUGUUGGGCGUUUUGGAAGGCCGGAGGGUGGUCAGCCUCGAAUACCUCAACCAUUUGGAGAUGUGGAUCCAGAAAAAAGCUGUCUUUUUGGUCAGUUUCUGGAAACGCUACAGUCAUAGGCAAAGUCGGAAAGGGUGGUUUUUUUCUGCCUUUUUGCGCUAUUUCAUUGGCUAUUUUGCACCAUUUUUGCUGCCUCUCCCUUUUCCCACCAUCUCAAAAUCACAGAAAAAUGAGAGGAUCGAUAAAGGGAGUCUUUUUGCUGCCUUUUUGCUCUCAUUUUGAUACCUUUUUGCUCCUAUUUUGAAGCCUUUUUGCAACCUUUCUGCGGCCUUUUUUCUGCCUUUUUUGAGCCUCUUCCUUUUAGAGGUCAUUAUCCAUCCUUCCGACUUUGCCCAAGUUUUUAGUGAUGGACGAAUUCCCGCAUUUUUUUCGAUAUAGAUAUACUUUGACUUUUUUUGAAAAAAAUUUCUUAAAAUUUAACCUGAAAAAAACCCGAAAAAAAUGUGCUUUUUUUAAGGAGGAAAUUGACAUUGCUUCCGCGUUCGACAGCUCAAAAAAAUCUAUUAUUUAAAAUUAUAAUAAUGAUUUGUGACUUCAGCAAAAUUGACUUGAGAAAGCAUAUUCGCGAAAGAAAAGUCAAAAAAACGGUAGAAAAAAAGUUUUAUAUAUAUAUAUAUAUAUAUAUAUUGCAUUUUUUUCGUCUUGCGAAUCAUAUAAAAAAAACUCCAGUCGAAUGAAAUUUUUUUCGCAGUUGAAAAUCGAAGUAGUUUUGACCAUUUCUCCUCCAUUUUACAAUGAAAAACGUUCAAAAAAUAGCCUUUUCUUUUGAAAUUUAGAGCUUUUCUCUUUUUUUUAAAGCGAGAAAGUGGUUGAUUCAGAUACGCUUUUAAAAGUUUCCGAGGACUGAUUCUAAUUUUUUUAAAUAGAUUUUUUUGCUUUUUUUGCAACUGCUUAUUGACGACUGAGGAUAUCCGGAGCUUCGGUUUUUUUGAUCUAAUUUUGAAAAGUUAAAGUGAUGUAUUUUUUUGAAAAUUUAUUUUUUUGACCAUUUUUUUCGAUUUUUUUCUUUUUUUGACACCGUAAUUUUUCUCGAGUCGUCUUUUUUAGAACUUUUCUCACUAGGGACAUUUUUUCCGCAAUCUAUGCAAAUUGGGACAAAAAAACGUAAAAACGCUCCUCACUAGGAAACGUUUUCUACCCCCGGUUGAACUUUUGCUGAAACUUUGCUUAAGUGUACUUUAGGACCCUCUGAUUAAAGAUAAAGAAAAAAUUUCUCGCCAUAGAUCUUGUUUCCGAGUUAUGGAGCUUCAAAGUGUGCAAAAUACGCAAAUUAGGCCAAAAAAGCGCUAUUUCGGGCUUUUGAAGUGUCCUAACUCGAAAAAGAGACCUAUUGCGAGAUAUUUUCUUUCUGUUCUGGAAUCAGGGGGUCCUAAAGGACGUGUAAAAAACGUUCCCUGGUUAGUCAGUAAAGUUUACAAAAAAGCUCUACUUUUCAUUCAAAAAUUCAUUUCGAUUUUUGCAGGCUGGAGCCCAAAGUGCGAGUGUUCCACCAGUUUCCUCGGCUUCGAUGCAGCCCCAGCCGAUGGUCGAAGGCCUGAACGCCGUCCUGAACGGCUCGGAUCCCCAGCAAAUGUCCCACCCGGGACAGUACAACCAAGGGUUCCCGCCCCACAACAAUUACAUGCACCAUCAACAAAUGCCGACCCACCAGCAACAACAGAUGUGGCACCAGCAGAGGAUGAUGUCCCAGGGUACGGAUUUCUGGAAAAUCGAGAUGAAAAUGCGCAAAAGAGCGCUUAUUCAAAGGAAGAAGCUCAAGGGUUGACAAAAAAAAAAUUAUUUUGCAUAGUCCAAUUGGUUUCAAAAAAUAAAAUCUAUAUGUAAUGAGCUCUAAAAAAGCGUUAAAAUUUUCUCGGAAUCUCAUUUUUCUCACCCUUUUAUCAGCCUUCUUCUUCUUAUUAUACCCCUGAAAAAAAGGUCCUUUUUUAAAAAUAAGAUCAAUAAAGAAAAAGUUUUUUUGGAGUUAUUUUUCAACUCCGUGGCAAAGUUAGACCGAAAAUUUGAUUUUUCGCAAUUUUUCAAAGCAUUUACUACACUUGAAAUGACUACUUUUCCAUUUUUAGCUCUAUCGAUCACUUAGAAAUUUUCUUUUUACUCAAUUUAAUAUUCAUAACCAAAAAUUAAUAAAGGUUUUGAACGAAAAUCUGAUUCAUGCGUUAUUUAGGUCAUCCAAGAUUUUUUUCUCUUCGAUUUUCAAAGAUCUCAAUUGAUCAUUAAAAAAAAAACUGUUCAAUCUCAUAAAAAAUCAUCGAAAAAAUUCUUCCUUUAAUUUUUUUUUCAUCUCUGAACAUUUUCAUAAAAAGUAAUUUAAUCUAAAUCAUAAGAACGUUUCAAUAACAGAAUAAAUCAAUGGCGAUGAGAAGUUUUCAAUAAAUUCCGGGUCUGCGCCUUUUAAAAAUGUUUGAAAUGCUGGAAAGGUCGUCGGUUCGGUCACUUCUUUCUGACGCCUAUUAUUUCAAGUUUUCAAGAUUUGAAAAGUUUUUUGGGCUUUAUGAAGGUUUCAACAACUAUAAAGUACCUAUUUCUUCAUCAUAUGACGAGUUUCGAAGUCAGUUUUUUUCGGAAAAUUCUCGUCAAAAUAUUUUUUAAAAAAUUUUCCUUUUUUUCUGAAUUAUUUUUUUGCCAAAAAAAUGUUCUCAAGUUCUGAUCAAUUCGAUUUCGCACUUAACAUUUUUCGAUUUCAGGUAAAAUUGAAAAGGUUGAAAUGAAAUUUAUUGCGAAAAACGCAAAAUAUCCUAUUUUUGGGCCGCUUAUAUUUGGUUUUUCGAAGCUUUAUCGAGAAAUCUACGCAUGUUGGACACUAAAAUGAUUUUGAACUGAAAAAAAUUCAAAAUAAAAAAAAUAGCCGCUUUGAAAAAGUGACCGACUGACUUUUCCAGUAUUUUCUUCAGUUUUUGAAUAGACUGAAGGUGCUACGACAAGAGCGAGUUUUCCAUUUGCGAGAGUACUGUAUGCGCAUUGCGUUCAUACACUUUGCGUGUUUAUACUUUCGUUGCGUGACGUCACCGGGUCGGAUAUCUCCGGGUUUUUGUUUCCAAGUUUUUUUUCGAAUAUUUUUCAAUUUUUUUUUGUUUUUUUCAAGAUUUGCAUUUUUCUCGAUGAUAUUUGCACGAUAAAAAUAGUAUCAAGAAAAAAAAAAUUGAAAAAUAUUCGAAAAGAAAACUCGGAAACAAAAACCCGGAGAUGUCCUACCCGCUGACGUCACGCAACGAAAGUGUAAACACACAAAGUGUAUGCAGUCAAUGCGCAUAUCCGCAUACAGUACUCCUCGCUCUUGUCGUAGCACCAAACUGAAGAUGCUCUGCAGUUUUUGAACACAGUUUCAAGGAUUUUAAAAAAAUUACUUUUUCAGAGAUGAUGAUGGGCGGCCCGGGGCCGAUCCACAACGUCUACCGCGGCGAGAACGGCAUGCCGCAUCACGAAUCCCCGACGGCGACGACCCCCACCGGCGGCCAUCGACACGCUCCGUAUCCGUCGCCGGCCAUGCGCGCCAACAUGCGCACCCUGAGCGGCGGUGCUGCGGGCGGUCCCAACUCGCGAGCCGGAGGACCAGGUACUGCCGCCCUCUCGCCCGUGGGAGGCCCGCCGUCCAACCGAAACUCCCUUUUGAUGAACGCGCCGCCAAAGCCCUACGGCGUACCUAGUUGGUUUCAAAAACAGCUACUCUACUGCCUAUAACUUCACUACUUUUUUUCUCGCUUCUCAACCAACUUUGUCCUCUUUUUUCCGUCGUCUGUGGCAGGGAAUGAUGAUUGGGAGUACAAUUUUGAAAAGAAAAAAUCGAAAAAGGUCCAGAAAUGCUUAAAAUGAAAGUCGAGCUCUUAGAGAAGACUGAAUAUUUCGAAUAAUCGGUAAAAAUUAUGAUUAAUAUCACAGGAAAUUUUUUGGAUUUCUUGGGAUCGCAAGAAGUUUCAAAUUUUUUUGAUUUUUCGAUGGUCAAUUUUUUUCGACGUUCCGAUGAUUUCUUUCGAUUUUUCCACUGAGUUUCCCUAUUUUUUUCUGUUCCCUAGAAGUUUUUCUCUACCACUUUUUGAGAGCAAAAUUUUUCAAAAUUAUUUUCUUUUAUUUUUUUAAAAUUUCAUUAGAUUAAUAUCAUAGGUUAGUUUCAAAACCCGAAUUUCGAGAAUUUUUCCAUUUUUUUCGAUUUUUUUAAUCCCCUUUGAAAGGAGAUGGUCAGGAAUUUUCCAAUAAACUGGAAAUUUAGUGAUAAGCAAUUUUUUUUUGAUAUCAUGACAUAAAAUGAUUAGAUUCCGCGCUUCUUUGUCGACAUUUCCAGAAAAAGCUUCUGAGGAUGAUUUUUGAUUUUUAUAGACUUUGAUUGAAAAAAAGUUAUAAACGGUUCAAAAAAAUCCUUGCUGGGAGCGUUUAAAGGAGCACAGACAAAUUUAUUCUAGGUCUCGAAGCGAAGAGCCGUUUUCAGUGUUUUUUUGGUUUUUUUGAGAAGUUUCUGUUUUUUUAUAAUUUUUCUAGUAAAGGUUUUGAGCAUUACAAAAAAAAAUUUUUUUAUUCAAAAUCUCAACUGUACUCUCAAAAAAAUCAUCCCAAAUGACCCCUACACUGUCCAAAAAAAAAUAACGCCGCGCGAUUCUUGUUCUUUUUGGAUUCGAAUACGAGGGGGAGGUGUAGUUUUUUUGACACGUGUCGUUUGCAAGAAGAAAAUUGCUUCUGGGGGGAUAGUACUAGAAAAUAAAUGGAAUAAUAAUUAUUUUUUGCUUGAAGUCGCUUUGAAAAAACCCUGAAAUCUGGAGAUUUGAAGAAAGAAUGAACUAUGAAGUUGAUUUUUAGUUGAAGAUGUGUUCAAAGUGAAUUCAAAAUUGCUGGGAAAAUUUUUAGGGGCCACUAUAGGGUUUUCAAGUUUUAGUUGCCAUUAUAGUAGUCAAAUUUGUGGCCACUUAAGGGGUUGAAAAUGAUUGGCCACUAUAGAGGUAUAAGUGCUACUACUAGAUCUCUAAAAAUUUUAGUGGCCACUUUAGGGGUCAAUGGAUCAACAUAACUCGUCCAAUCUGUUUGUUUCAAAGUUAUCAGAGUUACUGGAAGGAAUACUGGAUGAAAAACUACCAAAGUGGCCACUAAAUAGAUAACCUCUAUAGUGGCCAUUAAAACGGAAAAUAGUGGCCACUUUAGAGGUGGGUUUAGUGUCCUCUCCAAGUAGUCCUUGGCGAGCCUCUAUAGUGGCCGCUAUUUUCUACUCUAUGACAGCUAUUUUUUCUUCGCCGAAUCACUUUGAAACGACAUAAAAUUUGGGGAAAAUAAGGCAAAAAAAUGAGAAUUUUUUUCAGUUGAAAUUGAAGUGAAGUUUUUUUAUUUGAAAGUGUUCUUUAGAUCCAACCUAAACAAAAUUUUUGCAAUGAUAUGAAAAAAAGUUACAAUUGUAAGAAGUUUUGUCGAGUUUUGAAGCGUUUAUUAGAAAUGACAAGCUUAUUCAACAGUUAAGAUUCUACUAAUGCCGUGUUCAAAGUAAUUUCGCGAAAUGCAAAAUAGCCGUCAGAGAAAGAAAAAUAUAACUAAAUUUUGGAGAGUCACAGAUCAUUUUGCAUUUCGCGAAAUUACUUUGAACACAGCAUAAAAAGCCUCGACGAAUCAAGGAAUGAAUAGAAAUAAGAACUUAUAGAUCCCUUGAAAAUGCGAACUUCUCCCGGCGCCCUUUCUUUCCCUCUUUUCACACCCUUUUUCCCAUUAACCUCCACCAGAAACACGGCUUAAUUAACGCUUAAUUAAGAUGCGCACACGCGGCAGAACUCGCUGGGCUCGAUGGGCAUGGCCUCGAACCAGUCAUCGACGAGUUCCAUCGCCUCGACCCAACAACCGCCCAUGCAUCAUGCGCAGCAGCAGCCUCCGCAGCAAAGUAACCGCUUCUACCUGCCCCCUUAUGUGUUACAGGCUUGGGAACGCCAGAGUGGUCCCUAGAGGGGCAAGGGAUUCCACUAAAGAGCUGACCUCCCUCUACAGGGGGCACUAAAACAAGUGGUCACUCUAGGGGAGCAUACUAGUCGUUUAUUUAUAUGAAUAGUCAUUGUUAUAAACUCCAUGAGAAGAAGCAUUUCCAUUCUAAAAAUUCAUAAAUUUAGAUUUUUCAAAAAAUAAAAAUAUCGGGACCACCUUGCCUCUCUCUAAAGGGGGACAUGUUGAAGCUCACAAAAGUGGUCCCUUUAGGGGAGUAUGAUAGUCGGCUUGUUGAAACACUUAGACUUUCAAAAAGUGGUCACUUUAGGGGAUUAUGAGAAGAAGCAUUUGCAAGCGGAAAACCGAAUAAAUUAGCGUUUUUUUGAAAGAAAUAUCAACAUAUGAAUAAUCGAUCCAAUUUCAUCAAAAAAUGUCUUUUUAAUUUUCAACCCUGAACGAAAAAAAUUGAAAGAACCCUAGAAGGAACACUUAAGAGUUAGGAACCCCUAUAAGGACCACCUUAAUUUUGCCUCUCUAGAAUUCACUUUUUAUCCCCUAUACUGACCACUGUAGGGAACAAUCUGGCGUUCCUAAGCUGUGGAAAAUAGCCGCAAAAAUGAAUCACCCCAUCAAAUUCAUGCGGCAGAAUAGCCAUAUAAAAUAGCUUCAAAACGGGAAAAAAUGACCAGAAUUACCAGCCUUUUAUGAGCCCUUGCGCUCCAUGGAACUAGAAAAAAGAAUUUGCAAAAUUUUUCGAUACGGCUCUGAAAAAAGAUUUUUAGCCAGGGGGCGCACUUGCUUUGCCAAAAAGGUUCAAUUCUCCAUAAAUUUUUUUUUGGAAAAAUCUUGGUUUUUCCUGGUUUCCGAACUAGGUUUAAGUUUUCUUGAAAAAAUUGGACCGAUAGCUCUAAAAAAAGCUCUUUUCUAGUUUUCUUCUUUGAAGCUUUCAAUGGUUAUUCCGUUACAUGUGACCCCUUAUAUGUUGCCUUUUUGUCGAAAAAGUCUCAAUUUUUGCUUCUUCAGACGCGUGGGACGGCAAGUUGGACGGUCCGAUCGAUGACUUCUACAACGUCGAAGACAUCCUGCCCUCCCCGAUGGAAUCUCUCGGGAUGCCGCCGCCGCAUCUGAUGCAGGCGCCCAUGGCGACCGGCGCCAAGGCGACUCUGUCGGACAUGGCGCGACGGGAGCUGGACGAGAUGGCCUCACGGUUCGAGAUCGACCCCAACCAAGAGUCUCCAGACGUCCAUUCCAUCAUCAUCACCUGCCGAUUGCGUAAGGGAACACCUGAUAUUGGAAAUGAUGACACCUUGCCUGUUUUUGAGCUUUUUCGCCAUUCAUGAAGUCUAAUAUAGUCCGUUUUUCGGGACUUGAAAGGGCGUUUUCUGGGCUUUUCUCCUCUCUUGACGACCCUCCCAGGUUGAGGUGCUAUUUCCACGUUUGUCUGACCUUUCCAGUGAGAGAACAGAGAGACGCAGACACUCGAAAACUUCCUGAUUAACGAACUAUAGACCCUUUUUAGGGAAUAAUAAUGAAUAUUUUUCGGAUUCCGUAACGAUCCCGCAGUUUUGCUGCUAGAGAAUUUUUUACGAUUUAUUAAGGUUUUUAAGAAUGAGCGGUUGUGUUGGUACUGUAGAAAAAUAAUGUAAAUAUAUUGAUCCAACAGGUUCUUUCGAUUGCCAAUAUGAUCUGAGAACUGCUUGAAAAAAAAUUAUCCAUGGAGCGCAAAAGCCGAAACGACACAUUUUUUGAUUUUUCUGUCAGAAUUUCAACCGAUGGAGCGCGUAAGAUGAAUCUCUCGUUUUCUUGGGAAUUUUCACCGCGACUCCAAGUUUGUAUUCCAUCCACUGCAACUCGAGUGUCUGCGUCUCUCUGUUCCCUCACCGGCGAGGUCGCGAAAAUAGCGCGUCAAUAAGAGAAGGUCGUCGAGAGACGAGGAGGGCGCAGAGAAGUCCCGCACUUUCAAGUAGCGAAAAAAGGACUAUAGUAGAUUUUUUCGAGGAGAGUAAGAAAAAAGACUUUGAAAAUUCAUAAUGAAACCUGAAAGGUCUAAUAAGGACAAUAUUCUACGAACAAAUGGAAAUACGACUUAAUGGAAACGCCGAUUUGAAGUUAAUAAAAUAGUUCUGAAACGGUGGAAUUUCAUAUUUUCUUCUUGAAGGUGGCCAGCCGGUCCCGCCACUUCGGCUCGUCGUCCCGUCCAUGUAUCCAAACGCCGGCGUUGUUACUGUUGAUCGGGCGGCCCUGGAUUUAGGGUUAGUUUUUCAAUAAAAAAAGAAUAUAAAACACUUUACAUUCACAUAUUCAGUAUUUAGAGAAGAAAUGGGAUAUUUGAAGAUUUUUCGUUUUUUCACAAAACUGUCGUUGAUCAAAAACGGAUCGCCCUUCUUGGAAUAGUAAUAUCCGAGUUUCGAGAAUUCCCCAUAAUAAAUAAAUUAAUUUUCAACAAGCUUUUUCAAACCACUAUGGGCAAGAAGCUCAAAUUUUGAGUGUAGGACAAAAGCGCCGAUUCCAAGAGCGCCGUUCAAAUUGAGCGCCAGUCCGCGAUGCGCCGUCGCGUGUAUGCGCCGUGUAUGCAGACGCCGCUUUCUUUUGCGCCGAGUCCGUUUGCGCCGAAUCGUUUUGCGCCGUUAUUUCAGACUUCUAUUUUUUUGCUCUUUUACUAUCAUUCUUUAUUGUUUGUGUAGUAGACAUUCAUAUACAACUCGAAUAAUUUUCGCGCCAUCUGUUAAUAUGGACUUUUCUGCCGCAUUUUCGAAAAAACUCGAACUAUUGUUUCAAGAAAAUGAGUUCAACGUUACGAAAAACGAUUUUCUGCUGUUUCACGUCUGCUAGAAUUGAAACUUUGCCUUACCUAACGCAGAAAAAUUUGCAACCACAAAAAAAUCACUCAAUAUGUCGUUUAAAGCAAUAAUUUUUUUAUCUAUUCUCUUUUUCCUUUCGUUUUCUGUAUUUUUUUCGAGAUCAGAAAAAGCAUAUUUGCUUUUUUUAUUUUUUUCUUUGAAAAAGAAAAAAAGGGGAAAAAAAUAUUUUACCUGGACCAAAGUGGACCUAAAACUCAUCAUUAACGGAUGGCGCGAAAAUUAUUCGAGUCGUAUAUGAAUGUGUAGUAAACAAUUAUUAAAAAAAUAAUAUAAAAAGAGCGAAGAAAUAAAAGUUUGAAAUAACGGCGCAAAACGAUUCGGCGCAAACGGACUCGGCGCAAAAAGAAAGCGGCGUCUGCAUACACGGCGCAUACACGCGACGGCGCAUUGCGGACUGGCGCUAAAUUUGAACGGCGCUCUUGGAAUCGGCGCUUUUGUCCUAUACUCCAAAUUUUCAUUUUCUCUCAAAAUUUAUGCUAUACUGGGAAAAUCUUUAGUGGCCUCUAUAGAGGCUCGCCAAGGACUACUUGGAGAGGACACUAAAGUGGCCACUAUUUACCGUUUUAGUGGCCACUUCAGUAGUUUUUUAACCAGUAUUCCUUCCAGUAACUCUGAUAAUUUUAAAACAAACAGAUUGGACCAGUUAUCUUGAUCCAUUGACCCCUAAAGUGGCCACUAAAAUUUCAAGUUGUCUAGUAGUAGCACUUAGACUUCUAUAAUGGCCACGAUUCCUCUCAAAAUUUGCAGACGCCUACUUCUACGACGACCUCCAAAAUGUCGUCCAUGAAAGGCUCGCCAGGCCAGGUCUCACGACCAUUACAGAUUUCCUCACCACUUGGGUUUGUUUUAAAUAAAAAAAUUUUUCGUGCUAAAAUUGCUCAAUUUUUUUCAAUUAAAUCCGUUGUAAUUCAGAUAAAAAAAUUAAAAAAACCCAGUUCAAACGAAUUCAAGUUUUUUUAAAAAAAUAAGUAUUUUUAGUGAAUUUGGACUUUCUUUUCCGUUGAAAAUGAUCAUUACAAAGGGGAUUAAGAGUAUCAUAAAAAAACAUUAAAAAAAUUAAUGAAAUAGACCAUUUCCAGAAUAAAUUUGGACUUUCUUUUUUUGAAAAAAAUAAGCUUUUUUUGAAAUUUUUAGAUUUCAUUUUCAGUUCAUAAAAAAAUCAUUCAGAGAAAAUAAAAAUGAACUAUUAGUAUAGCUGAUUUUUCGGCUGGCUUGAACCAUCAAAAAAAGGGUCCUGACACGAUAAUAAAAGGGAUAGUGCCUGGUUGGUGGAGAGUGCAGACAGGCCACGCCCACUCAGCGUCCUAAGUUAGCCGUAAACCGACUAUAGGAAGAAAGGCGGAAGUUUCACAGAAAAUCAACAAAAAAUGGUGAAAAAGGCUUUUUGCAGAGUGAAAUUAUAUUUUUGUGCAAGUUGAGAUUUGAUUUUAGUGUUUAAAAAAGAGAGAAAAGAACAUAAUUGAGCCAAUCUUUAUAUCUUUUCAGGAAAAUCAAGUGAGUCAGUACUACCAGACGCAAAACCAGGCGGGCAACUCAUCGUCCCAAUUCGACGACAUUUUUUCGAGCUACGACAACCUGCUCGUCUGA